AUGUUGAAAAGCAUAGCAGCGUUUUUAAUUGCGUUAGCAGCAGUACUAUGCCAACACCCGAAGGAUUUCGAAUACUACCACAUCUUACAUCUCCCGCAUGACCCACCCCUAUACCCCGUCUACGAAAGGGCACCCCCUACAAGCUUCAGCUGCCAAGGCAGAAGUAGAGGGUACUACGCCGAUGUUGACAGCGGGUGUCAGGCAUAUCAUUUCUGCUGGCGUCAGCACUUGGUGAGCACGGAUCUUUGCACCAAUGGGACGCUUUUCAACGAACAAUUUCAGGUAUGCGACCAUUUCUACAACGUACGCUGCGGAUCUCCUUACAAAGACUUGUAAUUAAUUAAUUAUAAUUAUGUACCUAUACUUUAGUUCUCCUUAGCUGACUUACGAGGGGUCUCUCCGUCACUCGCUCCAUACAAACGUAGUUCCAAUUUCAU